AUGUGGUUCACGGUCGUGAGUGUAUGUCCGUCCGAGAGUGUAUGGCCGUGUGUGUAUGUCCGUGUGAAGCGCCGGGUGUGGAGGUUCGCAGUCGGAGGUGAAGAGUUCUGCCAAGCUUCGUCACAAUCUGAAGCUGGGUUCCCAUUUUUAGGGUUCGAUGCCACCAUUUUUGCGAAGUGGGUGACACGGAAAUGUGGUCACAAGCGAACUAAGAGAGUGAUGGUCGCAAGGAUGGUGGCAAUUCACAUGGCGAUGGCAGUGCAGGCCCCGCCGAGAUCCUCCUCCGCCUCUGCAAUGCCUCGACAUCAGAAGACGAAAUUGACGUUGAAGGAGUCUGGCAAUGGAUAUGUGGCUAUGGAGAGAGCGCUGUUCGCAGCUGGGGAGGGAAGAUUGUGGGUUUUGCAGAAUCGAUUUGAAUCGGAAGCAAAGGGGAUUGCGAAAAGGAAGAAGGGUGGGUGCAGGACGUGCGUAUGCAUGGGUAUGGAUUACUAUGCCACUCUAGGUGUAUCGAAGACAGCGACCAAGUCUGAGAUCAAGGCUGCGUAUCGGGAGCUAGCCCGGAAGUAUCAUCCGGACGUGAACAGCGAAGAAGGUGCCGAUGAGAAAUUCAUGGAGAUCACCCUAGCCUACAAGCUUCUGACUCAUGAUGAGAAGAGACCAAUAUAUGAUCUAUUCGAAUAUGAGGAGCCCAUGGUUAAGGGCAGAGCUGGUGGUGCAGAUCCUUACUGGACGAAUACGAUUGACGUUUAUGAGUUCUCCGGAGAAGAAAUGGGCGAUAUUGGGGGUGUUGGGGGUAUGGGAGGUAUGAGACCCAAUACACAACAUGGCCCCAAAUCCAAUCAGGGCGAAAAUAUUCGAUUUGAAAUGACUUUACCAUUGAAGGAGGCCAUCUUUGGAACGCAGAUAGUGUUUGACGUCACGCAUUUAGAAACUUGCAGCACGUGUUCAGGAACUGGUGCUAAGCUCCGCAGUAGGAGAAAGAAAACUUGCCAAACUUGUUUCGGUGUAGGGCAAUUUGCUCAAUUGUCACAAACUCCGUUUGGAGAAUUCUCGGAGGUUGCAAUUUGUCCAAAGUGUGAUGGAGAGGGUCAAGUGCCAGCCCAUUAUUGCACUGAAUGUCGCGGAGAUGGAAGGGUGAAUGUAGUAAGAAACAUAAAUGUUGAAAUUCCUGCAGGUGUUAAGAAUGGGAGCACACUUCGUGUUCGUGGAGAAGGUCAUGCAGGCAAGAGAGGGGGGCCACCAGGAGAUCUACAUAUUUUGCUGAGAGUGUCACGGAGAUAGUUGUAGAAAUUCAAAAUGGCUUCUGUUUUCCUCUACACCUGGGUGGACUUCUUCAUAUCCCCGUUUCUUAAUUAGGGAGUGAGCUUAUGACGCUCUACCAACCCAUUCGUUUUUGUUUCGGAAGAGUUUAAGUCCCUAUAAUUGAUUGAUUCGUACUGUGCUAGUGUAAAGUAUAAUUUUUCAUUAAAACGACAGCUCCAUUCUAUAUCCCAAGGGUUGGUCCUAUGUAGACCUUGAUAUUUAGUGAUUACUGCACUUAGCAACCAAUUUGUAUAGACAUAGAACUAUUUGCUGUAACACUGUUCUUCUAUGAAGGUUUCGUCAUCAGUUUUGAGCUGGUGAAAGAUUAAAGACGGAGGCUAUUCGGAAACAGAAGACUCCGAAUAGUAUUGAAGAACGCUCGGGUUAAGGCGAUUGUCAAAGGAAAGUUUAUUAUACGAAUCUAGUUGCAAUAGAAGAACUUCUCAGAUUGAUAAGAUGCCAAAUGAAUCAACUUUUUGUACACUGGUGUUGGUCAUUCUUGAAAGCUCAGCAGUUUCGCACGAUGGACUCCAUUUCGCAAGACAAGCGGGCACUAGUGUAAGACAUACAGCUAUCACCUCCGACGGCAUCUCAUGAAUUCCACGACCGCUGCAAGAUGGCUCAGAAGAAGGGCUUCAGUUGUACGACGACCCCAAGAACAGCUCUUUUACUUAAAAACGAACCCACUCAGUGUCACUUGGAAACAGAUACAAAAUAGGGCGCUUAUUCAUCCAAAUUUCAAAGCUCAUGGUUUUCUGUGUCCAUGCAUUGGAAAGCCUCUGUCUGGCAGGUCGUCAUGACGGUAAGAGCAGAUCCCCAGAAUAAGAAUCGGAAGGAAUUGGUCGGCUUUCAAACCAGGGAAGGGAAGUUGGGGUGCUGUUAAGAAUCCUACAGGGUAUUCCAAUUAAACCACUGCAAUGGUUUUUUCCUUUUAUCUUAUUAGAAUGGUAGUUAAACGCCAGCGUGGCUCUAGAGACAUGUGUACGUAUGCCACGAUGUCACAAGUGGUCUCAUUUGUGGUUGGGCCUCUACAAUUAGCAGCUAAAAAUUCCGGGCCUUACACCGUCUUUGGUCGUCAGUGCCUUUUCUUCACCCUACCCUUCUACGCCUUCUUUCGUUGGUCACUGCUGGAGUCACGUCUCUCCGUAAAUGGCUGAUAGGUGUCUAUUAAGUAAUACAUUUUGAAAUCCCAAUCGGAACGGUAGCAGACAACCCUAAUCCAAACGGUGAGUAGUUGUCCUUUAGGAACUAAAAAUCUUAGAGUAGACUAGUUAUCUUUACUUGGCUUCGUAGCUGCUGUUGAGUUUAAUGACCAGUUGUAACGAAUAGACUGGCCGUCUUGCUCAGCUAGUUGAAGUUCUUAUCCAGUGUCGAAGGUUUCGCUUAGAAGGCCAAAUUCCAAAGGUGUUAAACUCAACAGUAAAAUGUCGGCCUUAUGAUCUCGGCGAUUCGACACUGAUUCCAGUGAAUUGUAAUUUGAACUCCUAGAAACUUAUCGUUUCUGGAAUCCUCCGAUAACACAAGUACUCCUUGUGGGUUA